AUGGGCGCCGGCCCCGAAGAUGUCGGGCAGACGGAACCUCCGGUUCCGCCCGUCCUUAAGGAAAAGAAGAAGAAGACCACCGCAACUUCCCCCUCCAAGCCUUUGCCGGAAACUUCUGUGCCGACAACCUCCUCGCCGGCAAAGGAUGCUCCUGCGCCGUCGCCGGCACCUCCUGCCGGUGAACCAGCUUUUGCCCCUCAGCCAACUCCGCUGGAGGGCGCAACCCUUACCGCGCAGCAGCUUGCUGCGGUGGUCACAGCAGCGACCGCGCCCCCUUCCGGCUCCCAGGUGCAGUCCUUGGUGCUGCACGUCAGCCGCGCCGCAGUCACUGCCGGCGAGAAGGGCUCAGCUCAGCUGGGCCGGAUCGUUGAGCUGACCCGCGGGUCGGUCGACCUGGGCUCGCUCAGGGAGUAG